AGUCUGUUUUACUGUGAAUUCACGCAUAUUGUUUAAUUAAUCUUGUUUGUUCUGGUAGUCGGGUCUUUGUUUCCUGAAAAUUAACAGGACCACUUCUAUCGGUGCCAAUAAAAGAAUUUCUUUCUCCCUCCUGUAGAAACCUGUGUGUUUUUUACCUGUUGUAUCUACCUACAUUUAAGGUUUAAUAUUUUACAGAAAAUGGUAGCUGAUCCCGCUCUUAGAAUGGAGGCUGUGAAGGAUCCACGUCUCGGUGGAAUGACAUCCUUGGUCAGCCUUAAGUUCUGCUGGAAGUUUACCGAGAAUGCACUUGAUUAUAAGGACUAUAUCGAUCAGUGCAACAUUAAUGGUGACUGUUACCGCGUGUUCUCUAACUACUAUUCGCCUGGUAUGCAAUAUGCUAACAAGUGGGCAUCCUCCUGGUUGUGCAGCUUUAAGGACAUUGAGGACCGAAUUGAUGAGUUGCAUCAAUUGGCAAAAAAGUACAAGGACCCUGAGACCGCUGAAGACAUUCAAGUCAGACUCAAGAACCUUAACACCUUCAGACAACAGUACAUGCAGGUAUUUGCUGAGGAUUUGAAAGACCAAUUUUCACUCAAGGAUCAAAAGUACCUCGCUGGAAAGGAAUAUAAGCAUGUUGCCGUUUCUGGGGUCAAGAAUGAGGCUGAAACUGUUACUGCUUAAGCUCUACAAUGUCAAUGAAUACCAGGACUACACAAUCUAUAAAUGUCCAAGAAUUGUCGCGCGCAGCUCAGCUGUUGAAAUUAGACGCCGAGAUUGCCAUUGACUUCUCAGUAAUUAGAAAGUCUUUUUGUAGGAUUGUCAAGACUGUUCACCCGGAUAAAACCUCCCAAGGUACUCUUGACGACUUCCAUUCCGUAGUUUGUGCCUACAAGGUCUUGAAGAAAUAUUUUGAUGAGCGUGGGGACGUACAUGUUUUCCAGUCAUACGCUCAAGACGUCCAUCUACAUGACAUGUGCUUUUUGGAGGGAGAAAAGAAUUUUUACAUCGCAUGCCGUUGUUCUCAACUGGUAGUAGUUC